AUGCCUUCACCAAACGCGAAAAAAUAUGUUCUUGAUGUUAUGGUUUUCGCAUUAUCUCAGGUGGCACUUUAUUAUGCUGUAAAGUACGUGCUUAGUAGUUUAGAUCCUAUGAAAGAUAAAAAGAAAGAAGCCAAAGCAAAAAGUGAACAAGUGUUAGGGAAAUUAGGGAUGAAAAAUACGAAAUUAAAUGAAUACGAAGAAGUAAUCUUGUCUGAAGUAAUUUUUCCGGAUGAGAUUUCUAUUAGUUUCAAGCGUCUUGAUCAAAUCAUUCAAUCUCUUCGAGAAUCGGUUAUAUAUCCUCUAACUUACCCAAAACUGUUCACUUCAACUUCUGGAUUAUUGGGUGUUCCUAAAGGAGUUUUACUCCAUGGACCACCUGGAUGCGGAAAAACCAUGCUUGCAAAGGCUCUUGCACGUGAAUCCGGAGCCACGUUUAUAAAUCUUCAUGUAUCAACGUUAACAGAUAAAUGGUUUGGUGAAUCAAAUAAACUUGUUUCUGCUGUUUUUUCGGUUGCAAAAAAAUUACAGCCUUGUAUUAUUUUUAUCGAUGAAAUUGAUGCAUUUUUAAGAGAAAGACGAAGCAAUGAUCAUGAGGUUACUGGAAUGAUGAAAGCCGAGUUUAUGAGUUUAUGGGAUGGUUUGACUACAGAUGAUAAUACACGCAUCAUUGUCCUUGGUGCUACAAAUAGACCAAAUGAUAUCGAUUAUGCUAUCCUUCGUCGUAUGCCAAAACGAUUCGCAAUUAGUUUACCUAAUGAAGAACAGAGGAAAAACAUUUUAGAGAUUAUGCUUAAAGAUCAAAAUUUGGAAGAGAAUUUCAACUAUAACGAAUUAGUCACGAAAACUAUCAAUUUCUCAGGCAGUGAUUUAAAGGAAGCAUGUCGAAAUGCAGCAAUGAGACCGAUACGAAAAUAUAUGCGUGAACAUUCCACGCCAGAAGGCGAUUUGACAAAUAUUGAUCCCGAGAAAAUGGACAUUCCACCUUUAAAAUUAUCCGAUUUCUUUGUCCCUGAUCAGAAUGUUGGUCAAUCAGCAAAGAAUGUAAUUACAGUAUCAACUAGCGAGUUAGAACAGGAACAAUUGGAUUAA